AUGGAGGAGGACGAGGCGGGCGCGGAGCCGCGGGGUCCCCCCGGGCGCCACCGCUCGCCGAGCCCCGGCCGCCUGGACGUGAGCUCCAGCCGCUUCGACCCGCUGCUGGCGCUCUACUCGCCGCGCACGCCGCUGCCCUUCCCCGCCGCGCCCUGCUUCAACAACCUCGCCGCCUACGAGAGCUUCCAGCGCGGCCUGCGCCGCCCGCGCGGCCGACGUUCUCUUUCUGUUUUAGUCCAUGAAGGCAGCCCUCUGGGGGAACUUCAUCGCUGUGUCCGAGAUGGUGUCAAAAUCAACGUUCACAUCCGCACUUUCAAAGGGCUUCGUGGAGUCUGCACAGGGUUUCUGGUUGCAUUUGACAAAUUCUGGAAUAUGGCCCUGACAGAUGUGGAUGAGACUUACAGGAAACCAGUAAUGGGCAAAGCUUUCUAUGCAGAACCUCAGCUCACACUGACCCGACUGUUUGACAGACUCAAACUUCAGGAGUCCUCGGGGAAGAAGGGAGCUGACUCAAAGACUGUCUCAGAGGAGCUGACCCUGACAAGUGACUCUCAGACACUGGGAUCAAAAGUUGGGUCAGGACGAGGGAGAGCAGAAGAGGAGCAUGAGAGGCAGAAACACUCGGGCAGAGCUGGAGAAAAGAAGACACCAGGUGACAGUUUGGUUGCCAGAGGUGAAGCUGAUGUGGGCAGCAGGACUGCCCACACAGAGGGUGCCAGUGCUGGUGGCACCCGUGCACGAAGCCAGUCCCGGAGGAAAAGGCGGCCCAAAGUGGAUUAUCAACAGGUGUUCACACGGCACAUAAACCAGAUUUUUAUUCGAGGAGAGAAUGUCUUGCUUGUCCAUUUAGCACAUUGACUUGGCUGAGCUUUGGUCAGCAUAUUUGUUUGAUAGCAUGACUUGCUGCUGCAGCUCCCAUUGCUAUUUAAAGUUGUCAUUGAGUUUGAUGGUACCAUGGCUGGUUUCCCAUUGCCAUAACAAGGUAGGGGAAAUAAUUGUAAGUAGGGCAUCCUGAGCUUGAUGCCAGAGCAGCUUCCUUAGAUCCCUGUUGGGGGUUUCAGGACAAGGUCAGCAAUGGAGUUGUUUCUGUGAUAUGAGGGAGGUAAGCACAGAUCCUAGUGCUCCUUAAAAAGAAGCUAAAUGGAGAGUGUUGGAAGAGAAUUUUGGUGUAAUCUGUUAUAGGAGCUACUUGUGGCACAUGUUUAAGGAGCUUAAGAUCUCCACCUGCAAGGAAUCAGAAAUGCUCUUUUGCAUGUUCUGAGAAAUCUCAAGAGGAGAUUGCUAAUGAAACCAAUAGUUUAUCUGCUGCUGUUACAUGGGUGUCCUCUUUUCCAGACAUAAUUCUGAGAGUCAUUUUGAAACAGUUUGUAAAAAGAUGGAGUGACAUACUGCUGAUGGCUAUUACCCUGUGUGAUAGAAAACCUCUUAAUUGAAAACUGCUCGUCUAAUGUGAGUGAUGACAGGACUGUAAUUUGUUUUCCAUAUCAAAGCUUGGGCUUCUCUUUGUAGUGCUGUGCUUUGGCCCUGUGUCACCAGCAAGCAGGUGAUGUAGCUGAUCCAGGGGCCUCCAUAUUUGGGGUUUUUCUGUGAAUGCUGUGGAUGCAGAUGGAAAAUUGUACUGUUACAUUUCAUCCAUAUACUACUUAGUGUAAUAGUGAAGCUGGCAAAGGUGUAGGGUUUUUCUCAGAUGUGUUUGUGCUGAGCACACUUGUACUGUAUCUAAGAGCCUUUCAAGCUCUCUAUCAAAACUAAACUAGAGGUGCUGUGUCUCCAGCAAUUCCCAUGGAGCAGAAGUCUUCAUGGGUCUUCCCUGUCCAUGUGAAUGAUGCAUCAUCUAAUUCCAGCUGAACUGAGCUUCGGAGGUGUGGCUGAAAAUGUUUUGAAGUAUAAAAGUCAAAGUCAACUCAUCAGUGUUUUAUUUUAACAAGACUAUUAAAGCCAGGGUUCUGCAGGUAUAAACUAAUUUCCAAGAGAGUCAUGUAGAGAAGUUUCAGGGUAAAUGAAGCUGUUACAUUAUCUAGUCUGUUUGCUUCAUUGUCCAAGGACACUAGAAUUCAUGCUGCUAUUCCUGUAUUCAUCUCAACUGCCUUGUGCUUUGCAGCAGCUCCAUGUGUUUAGGAUGAAGUUGGGAAAUUGCUUUAUAUCAGGUCUUGUAUUGCAUAUAGGGGUUAUAAGUUCUCAAACUGAGUGACUGUUCUGUGGGUGACGUAGAUGCAAAUGCAGCAUUCUGCUUGCUUGUCUUUAGGGGGAUGUCUGGUGUUUGGGUGAAUCACAGAAAUCAUUUAGCAGGAGUUCCUGGACACACAAAGCAGCUGGUUUUGCCUCUGGGGGAGCCUGAAGCUUCUGUCAACAUUUCAUGUGACAGGGGGCUUGGACAGCUGAUGAGCUGAGCCAGUGAGCUGCAAACCCUAGUUCAGCCUGGGACAGAAGUGCUUUAAUAAGAAUAAAAAGUACUGUUGAGGCAAAACAGUUUCAUCAAGAGCAAAAAAGAAAAGAAAAAGUGAAAUACUAUCUACAGCUUCUUAUUAUACAUUGCUUUAUUGUAAUCCCUUCCCACUAUGAACUGAGACCACUGAAAAUAUUCUUCUCUUAGAGGCUCUUGUUUCCUCUCCUGUACUGUUCUUGUUUGUGUUCCUGUGCUCUGCAGUUUUUCCCUUUUUUUCUUCCCCCUUUCUCCUGUCAGUACUUUGUCUCUUCAGGAUAUUCUAAACCCUGGUUUAUUAAGACUGUUCUUGUAUUCAUCCCUAGUUGUUCUGGCUUUCUGAACCAUUCUUGGUUGGCUUUUUGUGUGGUUCCCAACUAACCAGAACCCUCACAAAUUACUAGAAACAUGCAAAGCUAGAAACAAGGUGCUUAUUUCUGCUCCUGACUUCCCAGCAGCUUUUAUUGCAAGUGAAUAUUUUCUUCGUUCUGUUUUUGAUUGUGGGGUUUUUUUCCCCCUCACUUUUCUGACAGUUUUGUUUUUAUUUCAGCUGCUUAGGAUGACUCCUCUCUACCUUUUCCAUUCAUGCCAGAGGCUGCUGGUUUUGACAUCUCCUCUUUCCUUCAUAUUUGCCCAAAGGAUGUCAGACUACCCUCAGGCCUGUGUACUACGACAUCUAAUUGAAUUCUUGCUUUUCUUUACCUCAUGUUCUUAAUUCUAUUUGUCUGCUUUGUAUUGCCUUGUGCAUUAAACAAGGUACAGCUGCCAUGAAUGUUCUUGUGGCUGUGCCACCCUCCUUCCUUGUUGAUUGACACUUCCCCAAGUUCUCAGUUGCUACUGGAAGUCUCAGUGUUUCCUUUAAUCAGAAGGUUUUCUCUGAAACCUUGCAGGUGUUUGUUGCUUCACAUCUACAAGUUCCUUUGUUUGCAUUUUAUGAAAAAUACUGGUGCUUAGACUUGCGUUUGUGCCUUGAUUUUUGUAUCAUCCCUAACCUGUUCUUCCAGAAUCAUCACCUUGGUCAGCAAACCUGGUUAAAAACUAUAGUUUGUCUACUUUUUUUGCACUACCUCAUUACUAAAAUGGUCCUCCUCUUAUCUGUGAAGUUGGUUAAAAUUCUCUCUUCCAAUUUAGAUUUUAUGGUUUCUUUGUUGGUUCUUUGUUUGUUUCCAACUUUUCUGUCCACCUUUCUCCUUAUUUCCAAGCUGCUUCCUAAAUACAGCUGCCUUUUCUACAACUUCAGAUCUUCCAAAAUGUCUUCCUUUUCCCACUUUUUCUGGCAUUAAAGCGCAUUAUUAAAACGGUACUUUAUGGAUUUUGUCUCUUUCAAGCAUCAUGAUUGUGAUUAAGCAAGUGAUCCUGUAUGUGUGCUGUCACUUGCAUGUUUAAAACUUCAGAUAAUGUUGCUCUUUAAAUAAAAUUGAAUGUCAUGUUCUGAAAUGCAUUCUUCUACCUCACUUAAGUAUUCACAUAAAUCUGUUCCAAAAAAAAAAAAAAAGAAAACAACCCUUGGAAACAAAUGAGCUUUGGUUUUGGUUUUGUGUUGGUUUUUUUUCUGGGUUUUUCUGUCCAUGUUUUUUUUUUCCAAACUCAGCAUCAAAUGUUUGUUCAAAAAGCUGUCUGCUCCCAGCCUUCCCUCUCUUGGUUGCAGUGUCACAAAGAUGCUGUGAGCAAAGACACACCAAAGGAAUGAGGAGUAGGAGCAGGAGGCAGUCCUAGGAGACAGAAAGAUGUGUGAGAGCAAAAAAGGUUUGGGCAGAUAUGAAGAACCUCUGAAAAGGAUCCACUGGUUCCCUGUCCCAUAUUUCUAGGACUUUGCUCAUCCUGGUGCUUAGUGGUGUUUCCUAAAGUCUGUUUGUGGUGAGGUACUGAAUUAUAGGGAGCAGUUUUUUUUCAAUAAUUUUGAAGGAGUGUUGGGAUAAUUUGAGAAACUUUUCGGAUAAUUUCUAAAACAGCAGACAAGUCUGAAAUUUGUGAAAUGUGGCGAUGCCAGGUGCAGAAAUGAUGUAAUGCCAUGGUCUUGGAACGUGAUGUCACAGAGAUAUCUCAUGGUGUCUUCGUGUAUCUUUCCAUUCCCAACACAGUCCAGCAGGGAGCCAAGUCUCAGUUUUAAGAGUGGCAGUUUUAUUUGUACAGUGAAGUGGUUUUGCCCAGUUUUUACCUAACACUUCUUAACCAGGGCUGUGGUAGUAGAAGAGGUAAGGCUGAGGGAAAAAAGGAGCUUGUAAAAAAGUGUGGGUUUAGUUCCUUCUCUCAGCUGACUUGUCCAGCUUGUUAAUUGCCUGGAAGUUUUUUCCCUGAUCUAGAGAGGUACUUAGCAUGUCCUCCCCAGGUGAUUAAUGAAUUAAUCAGUGAGUGCUGUUUUCCAUCUGCUUCUUGUCCUUCAGUUUUUGGAUUCGUUGUUUCUUCUGCAGCUUUCCCUCAGCAGGGCAAGAUCUCACCAGGAAUAAACCUGACUGCCUGCUGAUUUUUCCCCCUCCCUAAGGAGUGUUAGCCCACCUAGUUUUGAAUCCAGAUAGCCUUUCCCUGUUCUUGAUUUUCAUGAUGUUCUCUUCACACUUCUGGAAUUAUUUGGUCAGAAGAAUUAUUUGUCUUGGAUAAUAGUACUUUUGGAAGCAAACUGAAAAAUUUUUGAAAAAUAA